UUUGCCACGCCCGUUCCAGACUGGCCUGCUUGCAGCCACCAGGCUCCAAAAAUGCCAGAAUCUCCGCUACCUGUUCCAGACACACCCCUUGUACGCGCAGCGACUUCAGUGCUGCCUCCGACAGAGAAGACGCCAUCGUUCGCCAUCAACUCCGCAAACAAAUCAUACAAGCACCAGUAUGCAAACAUUUACUUUGUGCGGCUACGACUGCUCCGCGGUUUUGUCGAAGAGAACGCGAAGCGGUUGUGGAAAGAAGCCGCGGGUGAUCCUGUGUUUGUACCCAGGGUUCUGGAGGUGCAAACUGGGCAGCUGUGCUAUGUUGUUGGCACGGUGUACAUGGACAUGCCCUUGAAGCCGAACGUCCUUGAUGACGUUGCUCGAGAUCAUUCGAUACCUGCACCGCCGCCGCAACAAAAGUACUGCUCCGAAAAAGACAGCGUCAUGCUCGAAGACGAGUCGGGCCGCAUUCGCCUCGUCGGCGAGCGGCUCAAGUCUGCGCGGGUAGUCACUGGCGUCAUCAUGGGUGCGCUCGGCCUGGAGACUGCGAACGGCGACUUCGAGGUUGUAGACUUCUGCUUUGCGGAGAUGCCUCCACAACAUAAGGAGGCGGAUAACGAUCGAGAAUCAAAUUCAGACGAAUGGAUUGCGGUCGUUUCUGGGCUCGACGUUGGGGCCCUCGACCCACCGGACGCGCAGCUCCAGAUGCUGUCAGAAUACCUGACCGGAGAGGCAUGCGGAUCAGACGAACAAUCUGGCGCGGCACGGAUAUCGCGUCUCAUCAUCGCUGGCAACUCGCUCGCACCUGUUGUGGUGGAGACACAAGAGCCAGAAAAGAAACCGCGGCGUGGACAAGAGGUGCCUACGUUCUCAACGCAUCCCCUACGGGUGCUCUCAACGCACCUGACUGAUAUUGCGCACAGCGUGCCCAUUCACCUCCUCCCUGGCGCCGCAGAUCCUUCGGGGACGAUUAUUCCUCAACAAUCCCUUCCGCGCGCCAUGUUCGGCGCCGCUGCGUCUUACGCAUCCUUCUCAUGCGAGACGAACCCCACGUACAUCCAUGUCGGCGCAUUCGAAGACACGUCCUCGUCCAACACCAAGUCCAACGGCAGAGCCUCAACAUCGAAGCCAAAAUCGGGCAGAUCAUCGACGCCAUCGCGCACGAUCCUAGCGCACUCGGGCCAGCCGCUGGACGACAUGUUCAAGUACCUGCCUUCGCCGCCCGCGACGCGACUCUCUAUCGCAGAGGCAACGCUUCGCUGGCGCCACAUCGCGCCGACGGCGCCCGACACGCUCUGGUGCCACCCGUACUUUACGACCGACCCGUUCAUACUCACGGAGACGCCGGAUUUGUACAUCGUGGGGAACCAGCCGGAGUUCGGCACCAAGAUGGUCAGGGCGACGGAGGAGAGCGAAGGACGCUGCAGGAUCGUGCUCGUGCCGCAGUUCAAGCAUUCCGGAACCGUCGUGCUGGUCAACUUGCGGACUUUGAGUGUCAGGACGGUAAGCUUUGCGGCGCAUGGAAUGAGAAGUGGCGGGGAGAGGCCUGUGCAAGACAUUGCAGAAGCACCGGCGAGCUAGUACACCGGUUACCACCUGUAUUGACUAUUGCUGCUUCUUAUGCUGCAGUUCGCGGGUUUUCU